AUGGCUAUUGCUGCUAUUCUUCCCGGGGAUGUCCCCAAGGGCUACGGGCUGUACGUUCCCGAAUGGGAGUUUCAGACUCCAGACGGGGAGAACAUCACUAUCAAGGGAACGAUCCAAGAGGUCUAUGCUGCUCUUGGGAGUCUUAAUCCUCAGAUGGCCCAGAUGAAUGGCUUCGACCUUGAAGCUAUCUCGGAUGUUGCCCGUAGUGACGUGGAGAAGCGUGCCACGUUUCCCAGGGUCGAUUGCCAGACCUUGGAGGAGGGUCACACCGACAGAUAUGAGCCGACCAUGGAUUAUCUCAGAAAGGUUCAAGGAAAACCGAAGAACUCUGCUGGUCCGAGAGAGUGUGGCCGCGCUCUGGAAGAGAAGGAGCUUAGUUCAUUCAGUGAGAUUGCCGAUGGUGUACAAGUGAUCUACCACGAAUGCACCGACGUCGAUGUCCAAUACUGGUGGUCUUCUGGUGAAGCUUACACCGAUGAUGAUUGGAGUGUCCAAUUUGGGUACGCACCAUGCUAA